AUGGCUUCCGAUGAUCGCAAUGCUACUCCGAAUCAAACUAAUCCACUGGAAAGUACAACAUCAUCAUUGAAUAAUACGAAUAAUUUCUUUAGUGAUCCACAGGAACCUGCUAACAACGGAUUCGAUGAAGAACAGAUUUUAGAUGAAACUUCUCGAGAAUACCUCAAAUAUGGUUUUAAGAAAGUAGCGAAGAAAAAUGAUUUCAUCCGUAUUGAAGAACUAGGGGAUGCCUUUCGUCAAUCUGGACAAAAUCCAUCAGAAGAUGUUGUCAAAGAUAUUAUUGAAAAAGCUAGAGCUAUUAAAAAGUUGAGUCAAGCUGCAAUGAGUGACGAUGAUUUCAAUGAUCAAGUAUCAUAUUCUGAUUUUUUAACAAUGGUUCAUGAAUAUUGGUAUCCAGUUGAUCAAGAUAGACAAAAUUUAGAAGAAGCAUUUGAUGUUCUUGAUCCUAAACAUACAGCUAAACUAUUGACUGAUGAUUUUGUUAGUUUAUUAAAAAAUUCCGAUUGGCCAGAAGAUGAGAUCGAUCUUAUUCUAUCACAAAUUAAUUGUGGUGAUGGAUAUUUUCUUUAUGACGAUUUAAUAAAAUUACUUUUAACACCCGUUGAAUUACCAAAGAAAAAAUCAGCGCAACCAAAAUCAAAUGUGAUUGAUCGGAAACAAUUUUUCUAUGAAAUUGUUAUUCCAAAACCUUUAUCUCUGUAUCGGAAAUCAGCUCAACAAAAAAAGUUCUCUGACGCAACUGUCAUUUAUCAAAUCAAUGGUUUUAAUCAAACAUUUGAUUUGUCCUUGAUUAAAGAUGAAAUACUUCUAUCACCAUCAUUUAUUACACAAUAUUAUAAUGAAAAUCAAACAUGGAUCGAUCGAGAUGUCAAUGAUUGCUUUUAUACAGGCUAUGUUAAUAGAAAUCAUUUGUCAAAUAUAUCGGUUAGUUUAUGUAAUGGUUUGUUUGGAACAUUUAUCUAUCAUGAUAUAGAAUACUUUAUUGAACCGAAUUACUCUAGAAAUAGUAGUUCAUGGAAUUUUGAGCAUUUAUUAUACACACAUAAAGACUUGUCAGUAUCAAAGAAGUCGAUUGUUCGUUGUUCUGUAAACGGCAAACCUUAUUUCGAAGAACAGACAGAUCUUCAUUAUUAUCAAUUACGAAAUCUUUCUUCGUCUAGAAAGAAACGUCAACAUGAUUCUGAUUCAAUGGCAAAACAUGUUGAAAUACUUGUUGCUUAUGAUGAAUCCAUAAAAGAAUUUCAUUCUGAUGUAGAUAUUAAAGCAUAUAUUCUCGCUUUAUUUAGUUAUGUUUCACAUUUAUAUUCCGAUGCAAGUAUUGGAAAUAAUAUAAAAAUAUGGCUUGUGAAAUUAAUUGAAUUAGGAAAAGAUUCAAGUAAUUAUAUUGAAUCGACUAGUGAUGCAACUGAUAUAUUAAAUAGAUUUUGUGCAUGGCAACGAGAAUACAAUAUACCAGAAACAUACGAUGCAGCAGUUCUUCUAACAAGGAUACAAUUAUGUAAUAAACAUGCUGAACAUUUUACCAAUAGUAAGUGUGAUACAUUGGGUUUGACAGAAUUAGGUACAAUGUGUAAUGUAACAUCAAAAUGUGCUGUUGUACGUGAUAAUGGUUUUACAACUGCGUUUACAAUUGCUCAUGAAAUUGCUCAUCUAAUUGGUAUUCGCCAUGAUAAUGAUAAAAUCUGUUUGGAUUUAAAUAGUGAACAAAAUAUAAUGGCUCCUUCAUUGACGUUCAAUCAUAAUCAUUAUAAAUGGUCCAAUUGUAGUAGACAUUAUUUUACUCAAUAUCUUGAGUCUGAUCGAUAUUCAUGCUUAAAUAAUGUUCCAAGCCAAAGCUCAAUAGCAUUUGAAGAAUUUAAUAAUGAACAAAACGUUGGCGCCCUACCUGGUCGCUUCAAUGAUCUUGAUGAACAAUGUCGUCGAGCAUUUGGCCUUCAUUUUGAAUAUUGUAAAGAUCUAAGUCAUGGUCCAAAAUGUAUACGCCUUUAUUGUCGUGAGAUAUUAUUGAAUUCAUCAUCAUGCAUUACUAAUCAUGCUCAUUGGACUGAUGGUACUCGAUGUUCAGAAUCGAGAACUGAAAUUAAACAAUGUCUACGUGGUCAAUGUCGAGGUAUACAAGAUUUCGAAGUAAUUAAUGGGAGUUGGAGUGAAUGGUCAUUGUGGUCACCGUGUACGCGUACUUGUGGAAGUGCAAUACAAAAAUCACAACGAUUUUGUGAUAAUCCAAAGCCAGAAAAUGGUGGCCAAUAUUGUUCGGGUCAAUCUACUCGCAUACGAUCAUGUGAACAUAAUUUACCUUGUCUAGAUUCUGUUGAUAUGUUACGUCAACGGCAAUGUGCUAAAUAUAAUAAUCGUAUGAUCGAUCCAACAUUACCCAUCGGUGUACGUUUCGAACCAAAAUAUAACGUUUUACCAAGUGAGCGAUGCAAAUUAAUUUGUAAAGUAUCCGAUGACUAUCUUGAACGAUCAUUCAUCUUCGGCGAUCGUGUUAAUGAUGGUACACCAUGUGAACGUGAAGAUGAAACUCGAGAUAUUUGUAUAAAUGGUAUUUGUAUACCGUUUGGCUGUGACUAUAGAUAUGGAUCCAAUGCAACCGAAGACGCUUGUGGUGUAUGUAAUGGUCAAAAUCGUACGUGCAAAUCUGUAAAAGGACAGAAAAUUGUUUCAAAUUUUGGCAUAGCAAGUAUUAUUAAUAUACCGAUCAAUACCACACGUGUUAAUAUAAGGCUAAUCUCAUCAAAACAAGAUCAAUGUUAUUUAGCAGUUAAACAUAUCAAUGGAAAUUAUAUUCUUAAUGGAUUACAUAAUCUACAAUUGUCUAAUGUUAAAAUUUCUAUUGAUAAUUCAAGACUUUUCUAUAGUGGAUCUGAUUCUAGUAAUGAAAGUAUUUCAAUAGUAGGACAUCUGAAAAGUCCACUAGAAAUUCAAGUUAUCUCAAUUUAUCAAUCGCAUUCACCGUCAACACUAGUUCAUUGGGAAUACUACGUUCCAUUGGAUGAAAAAGAGUUAGUUCGUCAAAAGGGAAGUUAUUCAUUAGAUUAUCAUUGCGAUCGGCCAUGUCAAGGUUAUAAACACGUGAAAAAAUGUAUUUUACAUGAACGAGAAUAUGAUUUAGUUUACUGUUUACUUUUUAAUAUAUCAUUUACUUACACAAAGGAGUCAUGUCAUGAUCAUUGUACACUAAGUUGGACUGCAAAAUACCAACAAACUUGUUCAAGACGAUGUGGUAAUGGUUAUAAACGUGUCCUAUAUGAAUGUGUAAAAACAAGUUUUAGUGUGCAAUCAAUGGAUGAAAGUAUCUGUAGAAAAUAUGUUGGAGAAAAGCCAAAAGAUAUUGUGCCAUGUGUUGGAGAUUGUACGAGAAUAGGAUGGGCCUAUGGAAAUUGGAGUGAAUGCUACUAUGAUGAAUACUGUAAACGUCAACGAUCAGCUGAAUGUCGAAAUUCAUCGAAUCUAUUGAUAUCGGACGAUUAUUGUAUAUCAGACUUUAGAUUUAAUGUUGAACGAUGCGCUGAAGCAGCCUGUGAACCGUCAAGAUGGAAUUUUACUGCAUGGUCUGAUUGCGACUGCCAGUCGAAGCUUCGCCGGCGAAAUAUCGUUUGUGUUCGUCAUGGUAAGCAAGUGGAUGAUCGGCAUUGUUUACAUGAACCUAAACCAGAUAAAACCAGUUCGUGUUUUCAUGAAUGUUUUACACCAUAUUGGCAAACAUACUCAUGGCAGCCAUGUUCGGCGACAUGUUCAUCACAUAAAGGAAUUCGUUAUCGUCGUAUCGUUUGUUCGCAUUAUGGUUUAAUUAUAGAAGAUAAUUAUUGUGAUCGACACUUAAAACCUAUUGAGCAAGAAUCAUGUACAACAAAUCUUUCCUGUUUGACAUGGUUUACAGGCGAAUGGUCGUCUUGCUCAGUUACAUGUGGUCAAGGCAUUCAACAACGUACAGUUUAUUGUCACGAUCCAUCACGUCCACGGUUGCGCGUAUCCGAUAGUGAAUGUCUAAGUCUUGCAAAUGAAAAUAGCAAACCUUAUGAACAACAAAAUUGUUCUAGUACAUCAUGUCCUUAUUGGAAAAUAAAUCAGUGGAAUAAUUGCUCAGGUAAAUGCGGUUUAGCAAAACGUUAUCGAACUGUAUUAUGUUUACAUAAUGGACUUACAAUUGAUGAUGAGCAUUGUUUACAAGUUUCUAAUGAAAAACCUUCAACGAUAGAAACGUGUAAUUCACAACUUUAUUGUCCUCAUUGGACAACAAAUCUAUGGUCUGAUUGUUCGGUAACAUGUGGAAUUGGAUUUCAAUAUCGUUCCGUUUCCUGUAAAAAUCAAUAUGAAAUAGUUUCAGAGACGGAAUGUAAUCAUCUUGAUAGGCCACUAGUAAUAAAACAGUGCUAUAUGAUUGCUUGCCAGAAUUUUACAUCGAUAUGGAUCACAAGUAAUUGGACAUCGUGCAAUCUUCAAACUUGUACACAAAUGAGAACAGUUACAUGUGUUAAUGCAACAGAUAGACGAAACUUUUCAAUGUCCGAAUACACACAGAAUUAUGUUCAACCGUUAGCUAAUCGCAUCUGUCCAAUAUCAUAUUGCUUAGAAUGGCGUGUUGCUCAUUGGCAUGGUUGUCCAAUCAAAUGUGGUGUUGGUAUUGAAUAUGGCUCAGGUUUUCAUUGUUAUACUCGUCAAAUGCCGAUAAGAAAGUUAAAUACUAUAGAAUGUGAAUUAGUUGAACCACAAUUAGCCAAGCCAAUAUUAAACCGAAUCUGUCGGAGAAAUUGCAUUGAAUGGAGAACAAAUGAAUUGAAUGGGGUAACUAUGUUGACUUUUAAUGCGAAUCUACUUAGAUACUCACUUGAAACCCACAAAUGUUGUCUUAAUGACCGAAGACAAGAAAUUCGUAAUCACACAGAUCUUUUAUAA